GUCACACUUAUAGCUACAAGUGCAAACAUGGAAAGAGUGCUCAUUUGCUAUCAUAAAGCAUUUUUCCUUGUAUUUCUGUGGCUAACCAGUGGACUCUCUUCACUUCCCUGGGUUUCUAAGACAAUUCCAUGUGAUGUGACAGUGGAAACAAAUGGCACACGCACAGUGAUAGACUAUGACUGCAAGUAUCGUCGACUGGAGAGUGUUCCUAAUAAUAUUACAUGGAAUGCGACAAGUCUGGAUCUUUCCAAAAAUAAGAUAGAAAAACUCACAAAAUGGUCAUUUUACAACUUAAAAAAUCUUACAUACCUUAACCUUGGAUGGAAUAAGUAUUUGAGUAGAAUAGAAAAUGAAACAUUUUUAAGCUUGACCAAUCUAAAGAAAUUAAUUCUAGAUGGCAACACACUUUCAGAAAUACCGUACGGACUUCCUGCCGGGCUUAGGAGUUUUAACAUUGAAUUCAAUGGAAUCAAAGCAGUAUUUAAGAAAUCAUUCGCUCAUUUACCUCGUAUUGUACUGAUCAGCCUGAACAAAAACUGUUAUUAUAGGAAUGAUUGCUCCGGCUCACUGAAAAUUGAAAAUGGGACAUUUUCAGGCCUGAAAAAGUUACAGACUUUGUUUUUAAAUUAUAACAACUUAAAAACUGUCCCCCAAAAUCUGCCACCUUCACUGACUAAACUUUUUUUAGCAAGUAAUAAAAUAGAAAACAUUAGUCAACACGACUUUGCCAAUCUUUCUAACCUGUAUGUUCUCGACUUGUCCGGCAAUUGCCCAAGGUGUUCUAAUACCCCAUUUCCUUGCGAAGCAUGCAGAACUCCAGACAAAAGUAUCAAUAUAGAUCCGAAAGCUUUUGAGAACCUGUCGCAUCUGAAGUCACUCUAUCUAUCAGGGAACUCUCUCAGAACAUUACAUCCUUCUUGGUUUCAGAACUGCACAAGCCUUAAAUAUCUGUUCCUGUCCUUCAAUUUUUUGGUGAAUGAAAUUGAAAAUGGUGAUUUUUUCUCAGUUUUGCCUCGAGUAGAAAUGAUUGACUUCUCCUAUAAUUAUUUAGAAAAAUGUUAUUAUAAAAAUCUCUCACUUUCUGCCAAUUUUGCAAAACUUCAGUCUCUCAAAAGUUUGCAUAUUGAAGGUUAUGUUGUCCAAUCUGUUUCUAAAUCUGAUCUGCGCCCUCUUUCUAAACUAAAAAAUCUGACAUUGAUAAAUCUCGGAACAAAUUUUUUGAAACGUGUAGACUUUGAAGCAUUUCAUCAGUUUAACCUGUCCUUAAUUUACUUGUCAGAAAACAGACUAGUUCCUGAAGCUCUGAAAAAUGACACAAACUACAGUAAAAGAAAUGAAUUAAUGGAGGCUCCUUUGUUGAAAAGAAAAAAGAGGUCAUUAAAAAGGCACAAAGACAAGAACUACCAUUUUCAAAAGUUACCUAUUAAGAAGGAAUGCCUUGCUUAUGGUCCGACACUGGAUCUUAGUAGAAACAACAUUUUCUUUAUCUCUCCUGAGCAGUUCAAAGGAUUUGAAAAUAUUGCAUGCCUUAAUCUGUCCAAUAAUGGAAUUGGAGAUGCUUUAAAUGGAACAGAGUUUGUCCAUUUUACAAGUCUGAAGUAUCUGGAUAUUUCUUUUAAUAAGAUCGAUCUGGUCUAUGAAUAUGCAUUUUCUGAACUGAAAAAACUGGAGGUGUUGGAUCUCAGUCACAACUUUCAUUAUUUUGAGGUGCCUGGGGUAAUACACAGAUUAACUUUUCUACAACACCUACCCAAUUUAAAAGUACUAAAUCUGAGUGAAAAUCACAUAUUUAUGCUGACAGACAAGCACUUGGUCAGCAGCUCAGUAAAGGAGCUACAAUUUAAAGGUAACCUUUUGAGAGUAUUAUGGAGUCAUAAUAGUGAAUACUUUGCCAUAUUUAGAAACUUAUACAGCCUAAAACAUCUAGACAUUUCUUAUAAUAAAAUUAAAAAAAUACCUGUGCAAUUCCUUGGAAAUCUUUCCACUACUUUGAACACACUUGUCUUGGAUAAUAACGAGCUUCGUACUUUUGAAUGGGACCCAUUUAAACACUUGAAGAACCUGGAAGUGCUUAGCCUGAGAUUUAAUAAAUUGGUGUCUGUGGCGGACAUACUUUCCAUAGCUUCCCUUCAAAAGCUGGACCUGAGCAAUAAUAAAAUAAGCAGACUCUCUGAUGGCUUUUUGAAAGAUGCCAGAAGUCUGUCAUAUCUUUAUUUAGACAGUAACAAAUUCACAUCAUUAAAUCGGUCAAUGUUUCAACCUGGAUUUGUAACUUCUUUGAAAGUCCUGUCUCUGCAACGAAACCCAUUUCACUGUACCUGUGAAAAUCUCGACUUUCUCCUCUGGGUGUACAAAACAGACAUUGAGAUUCCACGUUUGGCCAGCGAUGUUACCUGUGGAAAACCAAAAGAUCACCUUGGCAUGAGUAUUGUAGCCUUUGACCGACAUUCAUGUGCUGAUGAAUGUUUAUCAGAAAUGUUAUUUGUAAUUUUCUCUCUUACAAUUGUUGUGGUCGUAUCCUCAGCUAUUACAAAGCAUCUGUUUUACUGGGAUGCAUGGUAUACCUUUCACUAUAUCAAAGCAACUCUUAAAGGGUACAGAUCUCUAAACUUUGAAAAAAACUAUUAUGAUGCUUUUAUUGCCUACGACACCAAAGAUCCUUUAGUAGUAGACUGGGUUCUAAAUCAUCUUAGAGUUGAACUGGAGGACCAUGGCAAUAAAGCAUGCUCUUUGUGCUUGGAGCAAAGAGACUGGCAACCUGGAGUUCCUAUCAUUGACAACCUUUCCCAAAGUAUUCUCCACAGCAGAAAGACAGUGUUUGUUCUGACAAACAAAUACGUCAAUAGUGGGGGCUUCAAAACAGCAUUUUACCUAGCCCACCAGAGACUGAUUGAUGAAAAUAAGGAUGUGAUUGUACUCAUUUUACUUGAACCAGUGCUUCAGAGUUCACAGUUCUUACGUUUAAGGAAGAGAUUAUGUAAAAAAUCCGUUCUGAAGUGGCCCGAAAGCCCUCCUGCCGAAGUCUAUUUUUGGCACUGCCUGAGAAAAGUGAUCAGAGUAGAUAACAAAACAUUAUAUAACAAGUUAUAUUCCUGUCAUUUCUCAUCACAAUAAAUUAUUGG